CCACUUCCACCCGUCAACGCCUUGCUCAACAUCGAGCUCACUCACUCAAUCCUUUACCAUCGCAUCUCCUUCAUUACCAUUCAUAUCUCCCCUUAGGUCAUGGCAACAGACUUCUGGGCAAGCUCGCACUACAAACGGUGGAUCGUCGACCGCGAUACCCUCCGACAGGCGCGCGCCGAGGACCUCGCAUACGUCGACGAUGCGACGUACAUCGACUUUUUCAAUGUUUUCUUUGCCAACGUGAUCAUGAAGCUCGGCAAGCGUCUCAACCUGCGACAGCGUGUCAUUGCGACUGCGACAGUGUUCUUCAAGCGGUUCUACCUCAAGAACGCGCUGUGCGAGACCGACCCGUUUACUGUCAUCGCUGCGUGCUGCUACGUCGCUGCCAAGGCCGAGGAGUCGCCCGUGCAUAUCAAGAAUGUGGUUUCGGAAGCUAGAAUGUUGUUUUCUCAGCCGCCGUACGGUCUCAAGUACUUCGCGUCGGACAACUCAAAGCUCGCAGAGAUGGAGUUCUACCUAGUUGGGGACCUCGAAUGCGACCUGACUGUGUUCCACCCGUACCGUACCCUCGCAGCGCUGUGCCGCAAGGCGCCGCCCGAGGCCGUCGGGACGGAGGCGGGUGAGUUGGGCGAACUAGGUGUGGGAAUCGUGGACGGGCCCAGGUUCUGGGGCGCGGGCCCCGGGGACUGGCAGCUGGAGCUGGGGGAGGGGGCAUUGCAACUUGCUUGGUCGGUCAUCAACGAUACUUAUCGGUCGGACCUCCCGCUGCUCUACCCGCCGCAUCUGCUCGCCAUCGCUGCCUUAUAUCUCGCACUCGUUCUUGAUGGACCUACUCGUGAGCGCAUCGAAGCUCAGGCUUCUCAGCCCCAGGAUGCAACACAUGGAGAUUCUACACCGCGUCGCUCGUCCCGGCAGGCGAGACAAACAUCAGUGCACACCCUCUCUCAGUCCGACGAGAACCAGGAAUCACCGUCCCCAAUCGAGUUCUUUGCCAAUCUAAACGUGAGCAUGCCGCUCAUCACGACUAUAGCGCAGGAGAUGCUGGUGCUGUACAAGCGCAUGGAGCGCUAUCGCGACGACGCCGUCGCCGUUCCCGCCGUCUCCGCUUCGGUCCCCGUCGCCAGCGCGGGUAUGGCCCCCGGUGGCAUGAACAUGGGCAUAGGCGGCGCUGGAGGAAUAGGUAUGAACGUGAGCAUGGGCAUGAACAUGAGCGGGUCUGCCGCGUUCUACAUGGCUUCCCAGGCAGCACAGCAGGCUCAGUCCCAUGGCUCGCCCUUUGGAAGCGGAGGCGGGCGGCGCGGUGUCUCGGGAAGUGAUAGUCGAGCGGGGAGUCGGUUGGGUACGCCUGCUGGGACGCCCGAUGUUUCUGGGACGGGCGUCGGUGUGGGAAUGGGUGGCGGCGGCGGGGUGAGCUCGAUUGUGAGGGAGGGAGUUGUUACGGCGGGAAUGCUGAUGCAGGUGCUGAUGCGCAUGCGGGAGAGCCGGCUGAGCGAUAUGGCGCAUCCGCCGACUGGGCGGCCUGUCGCGGUGAACAAGAUGCUGGAGAGGACGCUUGCUGUUGGGUAGACAUUUGUAGCCAUAUGCGUAGUGG